UCUUUUACUUCUCACUCUCCCUUGUACUCCUUCAUCUCUAGUGGUACCAAAAUCCGUUUCUUCGAGCCCAUCACUAACUCACCCCAUCAGGAGCUUAUUCUGAUCGGUCGUCUCAAAAUGAAGCCCCAAACUGGUGGCUUGGUAUUAAAACCCCUCUUCCCAUCUCCUUCCCCACCAUCAGAACUACCGUUGGUAUUCACAAACAUAACCAACUCCACCCUUUCAAGUAAUCUUCUCGAUGAGGUCAUUUUGAUCAGACAGCCCCAUCUUAUCAUCACGGAAAGAGCAGACGAGCAUAAACAAGCAUCAUAUAUCCGCGCGUUUGGUCAUUGUCUUGCAGAUAUUCCCGAUAUUUGUAUUCGUUGCGACUCUACUCCAAGAUCCCUAUCCACACAAGUUUCUUCCGGUUUUUCUAAGGAAGAAGAAGAAGAGGCAAGAGGUAGCACCUCUGGACCUAUAAUCCUGCGCUAUAUCUCCUCCCUUUCUUCUGACGGUUCAAGAUUCUCAAUCCGGUGUGAAGACAAGCUGAAAUCCAGUAGUAGUAGUAGUCUCCAAGAUGUUGAGUUGUGUAGCCCGUUGGAUCUGUGGACUUUCGCUUGUGGCCUUUUUACCGUUGGUCGUCGUAUUCAUCUCAAGUGUCGGAUUUCUCCAGAUAAUGAUCAGCCUUCUAGACAAAUCCCCAUGCCUGUGAUGGAACCUCAAGGUGCUCCACUUAGUAGUUCUUGUCGUCAUUUAAUUGGACUCUAUAAUUGGAGAAUUCUCAGUGUCAGUGAAGUGCUUGAUCUUCUUAGCAAUGACGCCUUUCGAGAAGAAAUUGAACAAAACCGAAAAGUGGUGGUCUCUAUUCAGGGUUACUUCCUCAAGCAUAGGGAACCAUCCAGACGAAGUAUUUCCAAUAAUAAUCGGAGGAAAAUCAGCCUGUGGUUAGUUGAUUCUUAUCGACAUGAUCGAACAACGUCGUCUCCACUUCGUAUCGAUUUUAUUGUCAGCGAUAGUGUAAACAGAACUGCGGAUGAGUUAUUGCGUCUCCCUCGUCUAACCCAUUUAUGUAUCUUCAAAGCCUGCCUUCAAGGCACGCGUUUUAUUCUCCCACUAUCUCCUAAUCAUUUUCAAGUCUCUCCCAACUCUCUGCCCUCCUACUUUACCUCCUCUGGUGUCCAUGAAAUGUGCCGAUGUUUCCCUGAUGAGCAUGUGAAUCCUGUAUGCAGUGUGUGCUUACCCCAAGACCCUAUGGAAAUAUCCGAGGUGACCCCAGAAGUGACACUGCCUCGUAUGGAUUUCUUAUGUGAUGAGAAGACACCGAAAACAUGUCUCGUGCAAAUAAUUCGGUGUUUGGACUUCAAGGUUAUAAACCUGGAAGGUGAAGACGACGUUCGUAUCAUCCUCAAGAUUAUUAUUUCGGAUGGAUCUGCAACAGCUCUUGGUCAAUUCGAUUCUGGUGAACUGAAAGUGUCAGGCUCGAGUCCUGCUCUAAGAGGAUUGGCUACUUUGCUUGGCCUUGAGGAGUCAAUUGUACGUCAAGUGAUAACUAAUAUGGCCAGAGUGAAUGAAGAAACGAUAGACCCUGUUAGUGUUGGAUUGAACUUGUGGUUAGCAUCUCCCGGGUUCUUGAGACAAAUCUGUCUCACGCUUGACAAUCUUCCCUCUACUAGAGUAAAGUCUUAUUGGCGUUUGAGCAAAGUGCGUAUUGGAAAGGACGUCCGGAUUGCUAUUCCGCCUAUGCAAAAAUUGCGUAUAAUUAACUAA